AGUUUUUUUUUUUUUUUAAGAAAAAAAGAAUCAAAUUUCCUUUUUUUUAAUACACAAAAAAAAAAAUAUUUUUUUUUUAGAAAUAAAAAAAAUAUAUAUAUAUACGCGUUCUUUGUAUUAAAAACACGUAAAAAAAACAAUCGAAAUUUUUGAUAGAAUUAUGUCUAAACCAAUUCCUAUUAAAUAUAAUGCGAGAAAUACGCAAAAACUCGUUUAUCCGACUCGCAAGAAUUUAGGAGCUCAAAGAACAAAGAUCACUCCAAGUUAUAGAGUGAAUCAUUCGUUUCCUUCUUCUACUCAAAUCAAUAUUCCUUCAAUUCAAGCCGUUGAUUCUAAUGAAGAAAAAAUUCAUGAUGAUGAAGGAUUUGAAAUUAAGCCCACUAUUAAAAAAACUUGUGCACGAUGUAAAGAAUCGAAUAGAUGUGUUAAAUUACUUUAUUCUAAGAUUAAUAGAAUAGAAGAAUUAGUUAAAGGUAUCGCAAAAUCUACCGAUAAUGUAAUUGAUACAAAUAAUAACAUUAUUAUUGAGCAGCAAUCUCAACAACCUCAACAACCUCCUUCCCCAAUUCCUCAAAUUUUCUUAACUCAACCUUCACAGUUAUUAACUCCCGCUCCCUCUCCGAUUCAAACUUUUUCAAAUACAUCGUUUAAUAAUUUUUCAAACCAUAGUUUGGAAGAUUUACAAAAUAUCGUAUCAAUCAUAACAAACACUAUGAUUUCGAACAAAGGAGGUUGUGUACCUGUGGUUAGACCUAACGCUCUUCAUAUGUUCAAUUAAAAGUAAAAAAAAAAAAAAAUCGAAAAAAAAAAUUAUGCAAAAAAAUUAAGAAAUUCUUUUUGUUUUGCUGGCAAAAUCGGUUAAAAAUUUUAAAAAUUUUGGUUUUAUAACUUUUAUUAAUUCCUUUUAUAUAUAUAUAUAUAUAUAUAUAUAUAUGAACAAUUCGAAAUCGAUUUUUUUUUAUUAGAUAUUA